UGCCAACCCAACCAUAAUAUUUCUUCCUAUCUCUGCCAUCUUCUUCCUCGGCCUCACUUCUUCCAAUCCCAAUCCAAUCCGAUUCCGAUUCCGAUUCAACAUGUUAGGGUUUUCAAUGUUCCAGAUUUUCCCUUCCUUUUCUUCAAUCACCACUGCACACGCAACGUGAUUCCACCGCCUUCGCCACUCUCACCUCUCACACACACACACACCAACCAACUGAUCGCAUUUCUCCCCUACGCCCGAUUCCCGCCUGUCCCCUCUUCUUCGGGUACAGGAGUAAAGGCAGAAAGCUCAUAAGAUCUUCAAAAGAUUUCCCAUUCAAGGGGUAGUGUUGCAAUGUUGGCUUCUAAUGAAAUGAUGAAAUUCAAAUCUUACCAGAAUCGGGCUAAUUUAUUUGUGAAGGAAUAUUUGUUAGCAGACCCUCUGAUUCCAUACACUUCUAUUAUCGGUGGCGUUUUUGCUUGCAAGAUGGUCUAUGAUCUGACUCAGCUGUUUAGCACUGUUCACUUUAAGAGCUAUUCCAGUCUCACUAGAAUCCAACGCGUUGAGUGGAAUAAUCGUUCUAUGUCAACAAUUCAUGCUAUUUUCGUAACAACUAUGUCAUUAUACUUCGUGUUUUGCUCCAAUCUAUUUUCUGACGACGAGUUUUCUGAACUUGUUACAUUACGAAGCUCUUCAUUGUCUACAUUUGCUCUGGGGGUAUCUGUCGGUUACUUCAUCGCUGACCUUGGGAUGAUAUUUUGGUUUUUUCCUUCUCUUGGUGGAUAUGAGUAUGUGAUUCAUCAUUUGCUUUCUUUAGUAGCAGUAGCCUAUUCAAUGUUGAGUGGAGAGGGUCAGCUAUACACAUACAUGGUCCUGAUCUCUGAGACAACAACUCCUGGGAUAAAUUUGAGAUGGUAUCUUGAUGCAGCUGGAAUGAAGAAGUCGAAAGCUUAUAUCAUCAAUGGAGUUGUAAUAUUCAUUGCUUGGAUGGUUGCCAGAAUACUUUUGUUCGUAUACAUGUUUUACCAUGUCUACUUGCACUUCGAUCAGGUUGAGCAGAUGCAGUCGUUUGGACAAGUGUUAGUUAUUGUUGUGCCGCUGGUGCUAUCAAUUAUGAACUUGGUUUGGUUUUCAAAAAUCAUCAAAGGAUUGAGAAAGACUUUGGCAAAGAGACAGUGAAUGUUUGUACUUAGUGAUAUUUUAGGAAAAUGAAUACAUGUCAAUGAUGUGUAGUGAAAGAUGUAAGAGAACAGAAACAGUUGAAAGUGUUUGGGUCCCCUGUGAUCCGAACUUGUAUAAAUAUAAUCAUUCUGCCUUUUUUUCCCAA